AUGCAGUCUCAAGGAUCUUUGGGUCAAUAUGCUCCUGCAUCACACGGUUUGGACUCACAAGGAAUGAGCAGCAGUUUCAGUGGAUCUGCUCAGGGAUCUUUUAGCAAGCCUUCUCCCAGUUCGCCUACAGUUUCCAGGUUUAGUUCCUCAAGCCAAGUAUACAGUCAGUCCACAAGUGAUCAGGAUUUGUAUGGUCAACUGUCGGCAACAUCACAGUUUGGCUCUCAUCCUCAAAAGGGAACUUCACCACAACUUUCACAAGCAGCAAGUGGCUUUACCAGUGGCUCAUUUCCCCAGUCUCAAGGAUCUUUGGGUCAAUAUGCCCCUGCAUCCCUCUCAAAAUACAUAACUGCUCCACUGGCAUCACAAGGUUUUGCCACCCGGUCUGCUACUGCGAGUUCACGUAGAGGCCUUACUUCUACGUUCCUAGGUGGAAGUCAGUCAGGAUCUUCUCUCACCUUACAAGGAACAGGCUCAUCGUCCAUGCCUCAACGUACCACGAGUCAGUUUGUCUCUGGGUCUCCUUCCCAACAUUCAAGCACGUCCUUGUCCUCAACCCAGAGCAUUAAUGGGCAGUAUAGCCCAGCAUCUCAAUGGGUGUUCUCAGUGUCCCAGAGUCCACAAAGGGAACCAUCAGUGUCUAGUUGGACCCAAGGCCUUCAGUCCUCAGAUGCAGCUUUGUCACAGGGAAACCUCCAGUUUCAAAGCUCUCGGGUGCACAGCAGGUUCUCGUCCCAAUUGUCAGCAAGAGACUCUGCCAACCAAAGUAAUCCUCAGGCACUUUCCAAAGGAUCUGGCCAAUUGGUUUCCUCACCUGGGAGCAGUGGCAGCUACAGUGGCAUCUCUCUCCAGUCUCCAAGCACCUCAAGUCGGUAUCCCCUUGGUUCCCCUGGAUAUGUCAAGCUUGGUUCAAAUCUUGAUUCUAGCCAGUCUGGCACAGGUCAGAGCUCGAGCCUGUAUGGCUCAAAUCUCCAGACAGGGUCUGGCGCUCAACAUUCUUCCAGUAGUUAUGCAUCUCUGCAGGGAGGUAGCAGUGCUGUUGUUGGCCCCUCAAGCCAAUAUGGCUCUGUGUUUUCACCCCUGGAUGCAAAAGCUGGGUUGUAUUUAAGCCGACCUUCUGCGGCUAGUUUGACCCAAGGCAUCCAGACUUCUAAAACCGCUUCAUCCCGGAGCACCUCAAGUGCCCAGAUGUCUAGUGGGUUCUCUUCUUCCCUGUCUGCAUUGAGCCAGAAUGUUGCACCUGUUGCCCAGAGUGGUCCGAUGUCUGCUGUUUGGAGAAGCCAGAGUCCAUCAAGGCUAUCUUCAUCUUUUCAAGCUCCCUCUGCCUCAACAAUCGGAGGCCAAAUGUCUGAACGCUUUACUUCACACAAUGCUGCCGAUUCCAGUUUGCCUUCCUCUUCAGGUUUGAGUGCCAAACUGUCUUCUAAGGUGUUCUCUGGUUCCUCUCUGCGUGGGGUUUACUCAAAAACAAAUCUCCGGUGGGGUCAGGCUUCACAUAAUGCUUUUGCACCCCGUGCAGUCCAGUCAUCUCAGUCAGAAUAUCCAGUGACUGGGAGCAUUUCUGUUGACGAAGUGGGCUCUAGUGUGACCAUUGACAGAAGUCAGAAAAGCACGUCCAGGUUUUCUAAUCCACGCCAGUAUGUCAAGGGUGGUUUUUCCAGCAGCCAUGAGACAUCUCGUACCCAAACUGGCUCAGUUUCUGCAGCUUUGGCAGUGCCCCAAGAUGAACUCCAAAAAAGCAGUUUGACAUCUCUUCAACCCCAGGUGUCCUAUAGUUCAAGUUUUCAGAAUAUUGCAAGCCAAUUAGCCAGUGGACAGAGUUUGCAAAACCAGUAUUCUUCCUCAUCUCAUGGCGGUUCUGGGCUUCAGUCGGCAGGUGGUUUAAGCCAAAUUGUUUCUCACCAGCGUGAAGGCAGUUCCAGUGGUCUUCUGUCAUCUCCAGAUGUCCCUAGUCCGCAUACCACAGAGUCUAAUGUCAAGGUCAGUUCUUCACCCCUAAUGGUUUCCAGCCAGGCCACCACUGCUCAAAGUUCCCCCAUCCUUAACAUGUCUAGCACUCUGGAGAGUUCUGGCCCUUUAUUGGGAGUUUCGGGUUCUGCCACUAGCUUUUCUGGAGCCUCUACAGAGCAUGUGUCGUCACCCUCAGAGAUUUAUCAUCAGCCUGCUGGUGACAAAGGAUCCCUCCGCAUCCAUGCUUUAGGUUCUGAAAGCAGCUUACCCCUUCAGUCGCCAGAAGCAGCAGUAAAUGUGUACUCUUCAGAAAGCUUGUCUUCUAGUCCAUCCAUUGUGACCCAAGGCUCCACUUUUACUUCACAGGGCAGCCCUAUAACAGCACAAGUGAUAAGCUCCGGGCCAGUACUUGUAACCACACAGGAAGUGAGCAGCGGUUCCAUUGGCUCCCCAUCUCAAAGCAUAUCUAGCCAGUAUUCACCUGGUACCCUGACACCUAGCAAGCUUGGUUCCUUGUCUCUGUCGGUUUCUAACCAGUCCACAAGUGAUCAAAGCCAGUAUAUGUCUGGAGCUCCAAGCAGGUAUGCUAUGCCACUAGCAAGUUCUAGUCAUUAUGUCCCAGUGCAGACAGGAAGCAGCUCUAGGCACCUCUUUUCUCCAAAACCCCAAGGCACCUAUGCUGUGUAUGCCCCUUCAUCUCCCUCAAAGAAUCUAAAUGUUGCAGCUACAUCACCCCAAAGUGUUUCUUUCCAAUCUGGAAGCGAUCAGGAUUUCCGUUGGACUGUUGCACAGGUUGGCACUAAAGCAGCAGAAUCCAGUGAGUUUAUGCCUUCCCAGGGAGGAAGCAGCUCUUUCAGUGGUGCACUUUCCCAUCCUCAAUCUAGCGGUUUCAGUGGCUCCAUGCAGUCUCUGGGUACAUCAAGCCAGAAUGUCCCCAUUUCACCUACAUUUUCCAAGUUUGGUUCCUCACGCCUAGUUUCUAGUCAGUCCACAAGUGAUCCGGGUUUGUAUGGAACAGUUCCUUCCACCUCACAGAUUGGCUCUUGGCCUCAAUCAGGACUCUCUAGUCAGUUUGUGCCUUCCCAGGGAGCAAGUAGCUCCUACAGUGGCUCUUUUCCCCAGUCUCAAUCUAGUUCUCCUAAAUAUUCAUUAGGACACCCUAAACCCAACUCGCCCCAAACUGUUUCCAGACAAUCAGCCAGUGUAAAAGGCUCUAAUGGUAGUUCUCUUGAUCCUUUAGGAGCCGUUAGUCAAUUGGCCUCACAUGGAAUGAGUAGCAGUUUCCGUGGGUCUGCCCUAGCUCAGGGUACAUUUAGCCAGCCUGCUCCCAGUUCACCCACAGAUUCCAAGUUUAGUUCCUCACGCCAAGUAUUCAGUCAGUCCACAAGUGAUCAGGAUUUGUAUGGUCAACUGACAACAACCUCACAGUUUGGCUCUCAGCCUCAAAAGGGAACUUCACCACAACUUUCACAUGCCGCAAGUGGCUUUAACAGUGGCUCACUCAUGCAGUCUCAAGGAUCUUUGGGUCAAUAUGCUCCUGCAUCACACGGUUUGGACUCACAGGGAAUGAGCAGCAGUUUCAGUGGAUCUGCUCAGGGAUCAUUUAGCAAGCCUGCUCCCAGUUCGCCUACAGUUUCCAAGUUUAGUUCCUCACGCCAAGUAUACAGUCAGUCCACAAGUGAUCAGAAUUUGUAUGGUCAACUGCCGGCAACAUCACAGUUUGGCUCUCAGCCUCAAAAGGGAACUUCACCACAACUUUCACAAGCAGCAAGUGGCUUUAAAAGUGGCCAUCUAAUGCGGUCUCAAGGAUCUUUGGGUCAAUAUGCCCCUGCAUCACCCUCAAAAUACGUAAAUGCUCCCCUGGCAUCACAAAGUUUUGCCUCACAGGGAAUGAGCAGCAGUUUCAGUGGAUCUGCUCAAGGAUCAUUGAGCAAGCCUGCUCCCAGUUCGCCUACAGUUUCCAAGUUUAGUUCCUCACGCCAAGUAUACAGUCAGUCCACAAGUGAUCAGGAUUUGUAUGGUCAACUGCCGGCAACAUCACAGUUUGGCUCUCAGCCUCAAAAGGGAACUUCACCACAACUUUCACAAGCCGCAAGUGGCUUUAACAGUGGCUCACUAAUGCAGUCUCAAGGAUCUUUGGGUCAAUAUGCCCCUGCAUCACCCUCAAAAUACGUAAAUGCUCCCCUGGCAUCACAAAGUUUUGCCUCACAGGGAAUGAGCAGCAGUUUCAGUGGAUCUGCUCAAGGAUCAUUUAGCAAGCCUGCUCCCAGUUCGCCUACAGUUUCCAAGUUUAGUUCCUCACGCCAAGUAUACAGUCAGUCCACAAGUGAUCAGGAUUUGUAUGGUCAACUGCCGGCAAAAUCACAGUUUGGCUCUCAGCCUCAAAAGGGAACUUCACCACAACUUUCACAAGCAGCAAGUGGCUUUAAAAGUGGCCAUCUAAUGCAGUCUCAAGGAUCUUUGGGUCAAUAUGCUCCUGCAUCACACGGUUUGGACUCACAGGGAAUGAGCAGCAGUUUCAGUGGAUCUGCUCAGGGAUCAUUUAGCAAGCCUGCUCCCAGUUCGCCUACAGUUUCCAAGUUUAGUUCCUCACGCCAAGUAUACAGUCAGUCCACAAGUGAUCAGGAUUUGUAUGGUCAACUGCCGGCAACAACACAGUUUGGCUCUCAGCCUCAAAAGGGAACUUCACCACAACUUUCACAAGCAGCAAGUGGCUUUAAAAGUGGCCAUCUAAUGCAGUCUCAAGGAUCUUUGGGUCAAUAUGCUCCUGCAUCACACGGUUUGGACUCACAAGGAAUGAGCAGCAGUUUCAGUGGAUCUGCUCAGGGAUCUUUUAGCAAGCCUUCUCCCAGUUCGCCUACAGUUUCCAGGUUUAGUUCCUCACGCCAAGUAUACAGUCAGUCCACAAGUGAUCAGGAUUUGUAUGGUCAACUGACAGCAACCUCACAGUUUGGUUCUCAGCCUCAAAAGGGAACUUCACCACAACUUUCACCAGCAGCAAGUGGCUUUAACAGUGGCUCACUAAUGCAGUCUCAAGGAUCUUUGGGUCAAUAUGCCCCUGCAUCACCCUCAAAAUACGUAAAUGCUCCCCUGGCAUCACAAAGUUUUGCCUCACAGGGAAUGAGCAGCAGUUUCAGUGGAUCUGCUCAGGGAUCAUUUAGCAAGCCUGCUCCCAGUUCGCCUACAGUUUCCAAGUUUAGUUCCUCACGCCAAGUAUACAGUCAGUCCACAAGUGAUCAGGAUUUGUAUGGUCAACUGUCGGCAACAUCACAGUUUGGCUCUCAGCCUCAAAAGGGAACUUCACCACAACUUUCACAAGCAGCAAGUGGCUUUAAAAGUGGCCAUCUAAUGCAGUCUCAAGGAUCUUUGGGUCAAUAUGCCCCUGCAUCACCCUCAAAAUACGUAAAUGCUCCCCUGGCAUCACAAAGUUUUGCCUCACAGGGAAUGAGCAGCAGUUUCAGUGGAUCUGCUCAGGGAUCAUUUAGCAAGCCUGCUCCCAGUUCGCCUACAGUUUCCAAGUUUAGUUCCUCACGCCAAGUAUACAGUCAGUCCACAAGUGAUCAGGAUUUGUAUGGUCAACUGUCGGCAACAUCACAGUUUGGCUCUCAUCCUCAAAAGGGAACUUCACCACAACUUUCACAAGCAGCAAGUGGCUUUACCAGUGGCUCAUUUCCCCAGUCUCAAGGAUCUUUGGGUCAAUAUGCCCCUGCAUCCCUCUCAAAAUACAUAACUGCUCCACUGGCAUCACAAGGUUUUGCCACCCGGUCUGCUACUGCGAGUUCACGUAGAGGCCUUACUUCUACGUUCCUAGGUGGAAGUCAGUCAGGAUCUUCUCUCACCUUACAAGGAACAGGCUCAUCGUCCAUGCCUCAACGUACCACGAGUCAGUUUGUCUCUGGGUCUCCUUCCCAACAUUCAAGCACGUCCUUGUCCUCAACCCAGAGCAUUAAUGGGCAGUAUAGCCCAGCAUCUCAAUGGGUGUUCUCAGUGUCCCAGAGUCCACAAAGGGAACCAUCAGUGUCUAGUUGGACCCAAGGCCUUCAGUCCUCAGAUGCAGCUUUGUCACAGGGAAACCUCCAGUUUCAAAGCUCUCGGGUGCACAGCAGGUUCUCGUCCCAAUUGUCAGCAAGAGACUCUGCCAACCAAAGUAAUCCUCAGGCACUUUCCAAAGGAUCUGGCCAAUUGGUUUCCUCACCUGGGAGCAGUGGCAGCUACAGUGGCAUCUCUCUCCAGUCUCCAAGCACCUCAAGUCGGUAUCCCCUUGGUUCCCCUGGAUAUGUCAAGCUUGGUUCAAAUCUUGAUUCUAGCCAGUCUGGCACAGGUCAGAGCUCGAGCCUGUAUGGCUCAAAUCUCCAGACAGGGUCUGGCGCUCAACAUUCUUCCAGUAGUUAUGCAUCUCUGCAGGGAGGUAGCAGUGCUGUUGUUGGCCCCUCAAGCCAAUAUGGCUCUGUGUUUUCACCCCUGGAUGCAAAAGCUGGGUUGUAUUUAAGCCGACCUUCUGCGGCAAGUUUGACCCAAGGCAUCCAGACUUCUAAAACCGCUUCAUCCCGGAGCACCUCAAGUGCCCAGAUGUCUAGUGGGUUCUCUUCUUCCCUGUCUGCAUUGAGCCAGAAUGUUGCACCUGUUGCCCAGAGUGGUCCGAUGUCUGCUGUUUGGAGAAGCCAGAGUCCAUCAAGGCUAUCUUCAUCUUUUCAAGCUCCCUCUGCCUCAACAAUCGGAGGCCAAAUGUCUGAACGCUUUACUUCACACAAUGCUGCCGAUUCCAGUUUGCCUUCCUCUUCAGGUUUGAGUGCCAAACUGUCUUCUAAGGUGUUCUCUGGUUCCUCUCUGCGUGGGGUUUACUCAAAAACAAAUCUCCGGUGGGGUCAGGCUUCACAUAAUGCUUUUGCACCCCGUGCAGUCCAGUCAUCUCAGUCAGAAUAUCCAGUGACUGGGAGCAUUUCUGUUGACGAAGUGGGCUCUAGUGUGACCAUUGACAGAAGUCAGAAAAGCACGUCCAGGUUUUCUAAUCCACGCCAGAAUGUCAAGGGUGGUUUUUCCAGCAGCCAUGAGACAUCUCGUACCCAAACUGGCUCAGUUUCUGCAGCUUUGGCAGUGCCCCAAGAUGAACUCCAAAAAAGCAGUUUGACAUCUCUUCAACCCCAGGUUUCCUAUAGUUCAAGUUUUCAGAAUAUUGCAAGCCAUUUAGCCAGUGGACAGAGUUUGCAAAACCAGUAUUCUUCCUCAUCUCAUGGCGGUUCUGGGCUUCAGUCGGCAGGUGGUUUAAGCCAAAUUGUUUCUCACCAGCGUGAAGGCAGUUCCAGUGGUCUUCUGUCAUCUCCAGAUGUCCCUAGUCCGCAUACCACAGAGUCUAAUGUCAAGGUCAGUUCUUCACCCCUAAUGGUUUCCAGCCAGGCCACCACUGCUCAAAGUUCCCACAUCCUUAACAUGUCUAGCACUCUGGAGAGUUCUGGCCCUUUAUUGGGAGUUUCGGGUUCUGCCACUAGCUUUUCUGGAGCCUCUACAGAGCAUGUGUCGUCACCCUCAGAGAUUUAUCAUCAGCCUGCUGGUGACAAAGGAUCCCUCCGCAUCCAUGCUUUAGGUUCUGAGAGCAGCUUACCCCUUCAGUCGCCAGAAGCAGCAGUAAAUGUGUACUCUUCAGAAAGCUUGUCUUCUAGUCCAUCCAUUGUGACCCAAGGCUCCACUUUUACUUCACAGGGCAGCCCUAUAACAGCACAAGUGAUAAGCUCCGGGCCAGUACUUGUAACCACACAGGAAGUGAGCAGCGGUUCCAUUGGCUCCCCAUCUCAAAGCAUAUCUAGCCAGUAUUCACCUGGUACCCUGACACCUAGCAAGCUUGGUUCCUUGUCUCUGUCGGUUUCUAACCAGUCCACAAGUGAUCAAAGCCAGUAUAUGUCUGGAGCUCCAAGCAGGUAUGCUAUGCCACUAGCAAGUUCUAGUCAUUAUGUCCCAGUGCAGACAGGAAGCAGCUCUAGGCACCUCUUUUCUCCAAAACCCCAAGGCACCUAUGCUGUGUAUGCCCCUUCAUCUCCCUCAAAGUAUCUAAAUGUUGCAGCUACAUCACCCCAAAGUGUUUCUUUCCAAUCUGGAAGCGAUCAGGAUUUCCGUUGGACUGUUGCACAGGUUGGCACUAAAGCAGCAGAAUCCAGUGAGUUUAUGCCUUCCCAGGGAGGAAGCAGCUCUUUCAGUGGUGCACUUUCCCAUCCUCAAUCUAGCGGUUUCAGUGGCUCCAUGCAGUCUCUGGUUACAUCAAGCCAGAAUGUCCCCAUUUCACCUACAUUUUCCAAGUUUGGUUCCUCACGCCUAGUUUCUAGUCAGUCCACAAGUGAUCCGGGUUUGUAUGGAACAGUUCCUUCCACCUCACAGAUUGGCUCUUGGCCUCAAUCAGGACUCUCUAGUCAGUUUGUGCCUUCCCAGGGAGCAAGUAGCUCCUACAGUGGCUCUUUUCCCCAGUCUCAAUCUAGUUCUCCUAAAUAUUCAUUAGGACACCCUAAACCCAACUCGCCCCAAACUGUUUCCAGACAAUCAGCCAGUGUAAAAGGCUCUAAUGGUAGUUCUGUUGAUCCUUUAGGAGCCGUUAGUCAAUUGGCCUCACAUGGAAUGAGUAGCAGUUUCCGUGGGUCUGCCCUAGCUCAGGGUACAUUUAGCCAGCCUGCUCCCAGUUCACCCACAGAUUCCAAGUUUAGUUCCUCACGCCAAGUAUUCAGUCAGUCCACAAGUGAUCAGGAUUUGUAUGGUCAACUGACAACAACCUCACAGUUUGGCUCUCAGCCUCAAAAGGGAACUUCACCACAACUUUCACAAGCCGCAAGUGGCUUUAACAGUGGCUCACUCAUGCAGUCUCAAGGAUCUUUGGGUCAAUAUGCUCCUGCAUCACACGGUUUGGACUCACAGGGAAUGAGCAGCAGUUUCAGUGGAUCUGCUCAGGGAUCAUUUAGCAAGCCUGCUCCCAGUUCGCCUACAGUUUCCAAGUUUAGUUCCUCACGCCAAGUAUACAGUCAGUCCACAAGUGAUCAGAAUUUGUAUGGUCAACUGCCGGCAACAUCACAGUUUGGCUCUCAGCCUCAAAAGGGAACUUCACCACAACUUUCACAAGCAGCAAGUGGCUUUAAAAGUGGCCAUCUAAUGCAGUCUCAAGGAUCUUUGGGUCAAUAUGCCCCUGCAUCACCCUCAAAAUACGUAAAUGCUCCCCUGGCAUCACAAAGUUUUGCCUCACAGGGAAUGAGCAGCAGUUUCAGUGGAUCUGCUCAAGGAUCAUUGAGCAAGCCUGCUCCCAGUUCGCCUACAGUUUCCAAGUUUAGUUCCUCACGCCAAGUAUACAGUCAGUCCACAAGUGAUCAGGAUUUGUAUGGUCAACUGCCGGCAACAUCACAGUUUGGCUCUCAGCCUCAAAAGGGAACUUCACCACAACUUUCACAAGCCGCAAGUGGCUUUAACAGUGGCUCACUAAUGCAGUCUCAAGGAUCUUUGGGUCAAUAUGCCCCUGCAUCACCCUCAAAAUACGUAAAUGCUCCCCUGGCAUCACAAAGUUUUGCCUCACAGGGAAUGAGCAGCAGUUUCAGUGGAUCUGCUCAGGGAUCAUUUAGCAAGCCUGCUCCCAGUUCGCCUACAGUUUCCAAGUUUAGUUCCACACGCCAAGUAUACAGUCAGUCCACAAGUGAUCAGGAUUUGUAUGGUCAACUGCCGGCAAAAUCACAGUUUGGCUCUCAGCCUCAAAAGGGAACUUCACCACAACUUUCACAAGCAGCAAGUGGCUUUAAAAGUGGCCAUCUAAUGCAGUCUCAAGGAUCUUUGGGUCAAUAUGCUCCUGCAUCACACGGUUUGGACUCACAAGGAAUGAGCAGCAGUUUCAGUGGAUCUGCUCAGGGAUCUUUUAGCAAGCAUUCUCCCAGUUCGCCUACAGUUUCCAGGUUUAGUUCCUCACGCCAAGUAUACAGUCAGUCCACAAGUGAUCAGGAUUUGUAUGGUCAACUGACAGCAACCUCACAGUUUGGUUCUCAGCCUCAAAAGGGAACUUCACCGCAACUUUCACCAGCAGCAAGUGGCUUUAACAGUGGCUCACUAAUGCAGUCUCAAGGAUCUUUGGGUCAAUAUGCCCCUGCAUCACCCUCAAACUACGUAAAUGCUCCCCUGGCAUCACAAAGUUUUGCCUCACAGGGAAUGAGCAGCAGUUUCAGUGGAUCUGCUCAGGGAUCAUUUAGCAAGCCUGCUCCCAGUUCGCCUACAGUUAAAAAGUUUAGUUCCUCACGCCAAGUAUACAGUCAGUCCACAAGUGAUCAGGAUUUGUAUGGUCAACUGUCGGCAACCUCACAGUUUGGUUCUCAGCCUCAAAAGGGAACUUCACCACAACUUUCACCAGCAGCAAGUGGCUUUAACAGUGGCUCACUAAUGCAGUCUCAAGGAUCUUUGGGUCAAUAUGCCCCUGCAUCACCCUCAAAAUACGUAAAUGCUCCCCUGACAUCACAAAGUUUUGCCUCACAGGGAAUGAGCAGCAGUUUCAGUGGAUCUGCUCAGGGAUCAUUUAGCAAGCCUGCUCCCAGUUCGCCUACAGUUUCCAAGUUUAGUUCCUCACGCCAAGUAUACAGUCAGUCCACAAGUGAUCAGGAUUUUUAUGGUCAACUGCCGGCAAAAUCACAGUUUGGCUCUCAGCCUCAAAAGGGAACUUCACCACAACUUUCACAAGCAGCAAGUGGCUUUAAAAGUGGCCAUCUAAUGCAGUCUCAAGGAUCUUUGGGUCAAUAUGCUCCUGCAUCACACGGUUUGGACUCACAAGGAAUGAGCAGCAGUUUCAGUGGAUCUGCUCAGGGAUCUUUUAGCAAGCCUGCUCCCAGUUCGCCUACAGUUUCCAAGUUUAGUUCCUCACGCCAAGUAUACAGUCAGUCCACAAGUGAUCAGGAUUUGUAUGGUCAACUGCCGGCAACAUCACAGUUUGGUUCUCAGCCUCAAAAGGGAACUUCACCACAACUUUCACCAGCAGCAAGUGGCUUUACCAGUGGCUCAUUUCCCCAGUCUCAAGGAACUUUGGGUCAAUAUGCCCCUGCAUCACCCUCAAAAUACGUAAAUGCUCCCCUGACAUCACAAAGUUUUGCCUCACAGGGAAUGAGCAGCAGUUUCAGUGGAUCUGCUCAGGGAUCAUUUAGCAAGCCUGCUCCCAGUUCGCCUACAGUUUCCAAGUUUAGUUCCUCACGCCAAGUAUACAGUCAGUCCACAAGUGAUCAGGAUUUGUAUGGUCAACUGCCGGCAAAAUCACAGUUUGGCUCUCAGCCUCAAAAGGGAACUUCACCACAACUUUCACAAGCAGCAAGUGGCUUUAAAAGUGGCCAUCUAAUGCAGUCUCAAGGAUCUUUGGGUCAAUAUGCUCCUGCAUCACACGGUUUGGACUCACAAGGAAUGAGCAGCAGUUUCAGUGGAUCUGCUCAGGGAUCUUUUAGCAAGCCUGCUCCCAGUUCGCCUACAGUUUCCAGGUUUAGUUCCUCACGCCAAGUAUACAGUCAGUCCACAAGUGAUCAGGAUUUGUAUGGUCAACUGACAGCAACCUCACAGUUUGGUUCUCAGCCUCAAAAGGGAACUUCACCGCAACUUUCACCAGCAGCAAGUGGCUUUAACAGUGGCUCACUAAUGCAGUCUCAAGGAUCUUUGGGUCAAUAUGCCCCUGCAUCACCCUCAAAAUACGUAAAUGCUCCCCUGGCAUCACAAAGUUUUGCCUCACAGGGAAUGAGCAGCAGUUUCAGUGGAUCUGCUCAGGGAUCAUUUAGCAAGCCUGCUCCCAGUUCGCCUACAGUUAAAAAGUUUAGUUCCUCACGCCAAGUAUACAGUCAGUCCACAAGUGAUCAGGAUUUGUAUGGUCAACUGUCGGCAACCUCACAGUUUGGUUCUCAGCCUCAAAAGGGAACUUCACCACAACUUUCACCAGCAGCAAGUGGCUUUAACAGUGGCUCACUAAUGCAGUCUCAAGGAUCUUUGGGUCAAUAUGCCCCUGCAUCACCCUCAAAAUACGUAAAUGCUCCCCUGACAUCACAAAGUUUUGCCUCACAGGGAAUGAGCAGCAGUUUCAGUGGAUCUGCUCAGGGAUCAUUUAGCAAGCCUGCUCCCAGUUCGCCUACAGUUUCCAAGUUUAGUUCCUCACGCCAAGUAUACAGUCAGUCCACAAGUGAUCAGGAUUUGUAUGGUCAACUGCCGGCAAAAUCACAGUUUGGCUCUCAGCCUCAAAAGGGAACUUCACCACAACUUUCACAAGCAGCAAGUGGCUUUAAAAGUGGCCAUCUAAUGCAGUCUCAAGGAUCUUUGGGUCAAUAUGCUCCUGCAUCACACGGUUUGGACUCACAAGGAAUGAGCAGCAGUUUCAGUGGAUCUGCUCAGGGAUCUUUUAGCAAGCCUGCUCCCAGUUCGCCUACAGUUUCCAAGUUUAGUUCCUCACGCCAAGUAUACAGUCAGUCCACAAGUGAUCAGGAUUUGUAUGGUCAACUGCCGGCAACAUCACAGUUUGGUUCUCAGCCUCAAAAGGGAACUUCACCACAACUUUCACCAGCAGCAAGUGGCUUUACCAGUGGCUCAUUUCCCCAGUCUCAAGGAUCUUUGGGUCAAUAUGCCCCUGCAUCCCUCUCAAAAUACAUAACUGCUCAACUGGCAUCACAAGGUUUUGCCACCCGGUCUGCUACUGCGAGUUCACGUAGAGGCCUUACUUCUACGUUCCUAGGUGGAAGUCAGUCAGGAUCUUCUCUCACCUUACAAGGAACUGGCUCAUCGUCCAUGCCUCAACGUACCAUGAGUCAGUUUGUCUCUGGGUCUCCUUCCCAACAUUCAAGCACGUCCUUGUCCUCAACCCAGAGCAUUAAUGGGCAGUAUAGCCCAGCAUCUCAAUGGGUGUUCUCAGUGUCCCAGAGUCCACAAAGGGAACCAUCAGUGUCUAGUUGGACCCAAGGCCUUCCGUCCUCAGAUGCAGCUUUGUCACAGGGAAACCUCCAGUUUCAAAGCUCUCGGGUGCACAGCAGGUUCUCGUCCCAAUUGUCAGCAAGAGACUCUGCCAACCAAAGUAAUCCUCAGGCACUUUCCAAAGGAUCUGGCCAAUUGGUUUCCUCACCUGGGAGCAGUGGCAGCUACAGUGGCAUCUCUCUCCAGUCUCCAAGCACCUCAAGUCGGUAUCCCCUUGGUUCCCCUGGAUAUGUCAAGCUUGGUUCAAAUCUUGAUUCUAGCCAGUCUGGCACAGGUCAGAGCUCGAGCCUGUAUGGCUCAAAUCUCCAGACAGGGUCUGGCGCUCAACAUUCUUCCAGUAGUUAUGCAUCUCUGCAGGGAGGUAGCAGUGCUGUUGUUGGCCCCUCAAGCCAAUAUGGCUCUGUGUUUUCACCCCUGAAUGCAAAAUCUGGGUUGUAUUUAAGCCGACCUUCUGCGGCUAGUUUUACCCAAGGCAUCCAGACUUCUAAAACCGCUUCAUCCCGGAGCACCUCAAGUGCCCAGAUGUCUAGUGGGUUCUCUUCUUCCCUGUCUGCAUUGAGCCAGAAUGUUGCACCUGUUGCCCAGAGUGGUCCGAUGUCUGCUGUUUGGAGAAGCCAGAGUCCAUCAAGGCUAUCUUCAUCUUUUCAAGCUCCCUCUGCCUCAACAAUCGGAGGCCAAAUGUCUGAACGCUUUACUUCACACAAUGCUGCCGAUUCCAGUUUGCCUUCCUCUUCAGGUUUGAGUGCCAAACUGUCUUCUAAGGUGUUCUCUGGUUCCUCUCUGCGUAAGACUGCUCAGACUCUGUGA